AUGGCAACAAUCGCAGCAAACGUAUUGAAGCGCAGUCCGGUACGCGAAUCGGCACCGCAGCAGCGUACGGUUCCGCCGGGUGAAGUGGUGGGUGGGAUGGAACCGCUGGUGGUUGGGGUGGGGCCCGGGUUGUCCGAGGGAGGAAACGCCAAAAAGUGCAAUGCCAAAGUGAGCGGUGCGUUCGGCCGAAGAAAAGGCAGUGGCAGUGGGCUCGAGGGGGGCCGCAGUGCCAAACCGUCCGGGUCGGCCCACGCACCGUCGGCCCACUCGCUGAUCAACUACCUGUUCUAUCUCAUGUGCAUCACCGCGCUCGGAGCUACCGUGUACUCCAAUCUGCGCCAAACAUACGUAGAGGAUAAAUUAAGUAGUUUAGUUAGUAUCGAAGACCGGCUCAGCCUGCUCGAGGCACAGGUGAGCGAUGUAUAUAGGAGGAUCACGCUGCGCAAGAUGGAUGGUGCGGCGGCGGCGGCAGCAGUCGCGGCCGGCAUGGUGGAGGAGGUGGAGGAGGAAAGCAUGUCGGACGUGGUGCGGAAGAUUUCGCACCAGAUCGCCGAGUUGCCGCGAAUGCGGCGCGACCUGUCCGCGCUCAAAGUAUCGCGAAAGGAUCGACAGGCCGCCAUCCAGCAGAUCGGCAAUGAGUGCAUGUGUCCACCAGGACCUGCUGGACCACCAGGACCGCCCGGCAAAAGAGGGAAGCGCGGCAAAAAGGGAGAUCCCGGAGAUUCGGGCGUUGAGGGACCCACCGGUCCUCCCGGUAAAAACGGACUACCGGGCAUCCGUGGACCGAAAGGAGAUCGAGGACUUAUGGGUCCGAUAGGAUUAGACGGAGCGAAAGGCGAACCGGGACGACCGGGCGACAAGGGCUCGAAAGGUGAAGUUGGCGCACCCCCGAUAGACGUGUUCCAGACGGUGAAGGGAUUAAAGCGAUCCGUAACGACACUGCGCGGUGGCUCGUUAGGCUACGCAGAAAUCGUAGCCGUGAAGGGUGAACCUGGUGAGCCGGGACCACCGGGACCUCCCGGUCCCCCCGGUACGUCCGGAACGAUUGGGUUGGACGGACGUCAAGGGCCGCCGGGUGAUCCGGGACUGAAGGGAGAUCCUGGUCCACCGGGCGAAAAGGGUCCUGUCGGUAAUCCUGGAACAGCGGGUCUGCCUGGUGCAAAGGGCGAUCGGGGCGAUAAGGGUGAUCGAGGCCUAACGACACACUUCAAGGGUGAUCAAUUCCCAGCCGGCAUCAUUGAAGGUCCACCGGGACCUCCAGGACCUCCUGGACCACCGGGCGAUAAGGGUGAUCCGGGACCGGAAGGACCUCCAGGACCGCAGGGCGAAAAAGGACCACGAGGCAAACGAGGCAAACGAGGCCCCGGAAAGGAUGAUGAUUACGACGAUGCGACACUGACACAGUUCCGUGGUCCGGUUGGACCUCCGGGCCCACCAGGACCACCGGGCCGCGAUGGAACGCCCGGCCUGAAAGGUGAUUCCGGCGAGGUGGGAGCGCCGGGUUCGUUGGGACCGCGCGGAUUAGACGGCAUGCCCGGGGAGCCAGGCAUUGAGGGUCCACCCGGACUACCCGGCUAUCAGGGACCUCCUGGCGAAAAGGGAGAUCCUGGAGAUAUUGGACCACCGGGCCUUAUGGGUCCGCCUGGAUUACCGGGCCCACCCGGCUAUCCCGGUGUAAAGGGCGAUAAAGGUGAUCGAGGAGAUUCCAAGUUCCGGAAGAUGCGGCGGCGACAGGAUCACGAGGGUAUGGCCGACGAACCCUACCGGGAUGUGGUGUAUGGACCGCCGGGACCACCGGGACCUCCAGGCCCACUCGGUCAUACGGGACCCCCAGGACCGCGUGGUUACGAUGGCAAGAAGGGUGACCGGGGCGAGAAGGGACAGAAGGGCGAAUAUGGACCGAUGGGUUUACCGGGUCCAAUGGGUAUGCGAGGUGAUUCCGGUCCAGUGGGUCCCGUGGGUAAACCAGGACAUCCGGGACCGCCGGGGCUGGACGGUAUGAAGGGCGCACAGGGCGAAACCGGCAACAAGGGUGAACGAGGCGACCCGGGACUACCCGGUACGGAUGGCAUUCCGGGGCAGGAGGGUCCUCGCGGCGAGAAGGGUGGCAAAGGAGAUCCCGGUCCGAUUGGGAAGCGUGGCCGCAAAGGAGAUCGGGGUGAUAAGGGCGAUCAGGGCGUACCGGGACUGGAUGCACCGUGUCCCUUAGGGAUCGAUGGAUUACCACUGCCAGGAUGUGGUUGGCGUGCACCGAAAGUGUACCAGGAACCGAUCUUACCAUCACCACCGCACAAGGACUAUCUGCCGGAUGUGACCGGCACCGAGAACGAAAGUGAAUACGUAGAGGAGGAGGACGAUGGCGCGCCGGAAGCUGAGGACUACGAGGAGGAGUACGUUGAGAAUGAAAACGGAAACUGAUUUAACGGAGAUGGGGUGACUUUUCCAAUCGUGGUGAAAAAUAGAGCAAACCCGGUUUAAAACGUGCCUUAAGCAUCACUCAAAUGAGGACAGCUGCUGUAGACGUAAGAAUCCCAGUGUGUUGAAAAUGUUUAAUUUUACCAACAAACAAUCGAAAUUUCUCUGUCAAUUGUCCUUUCCAUGGCUUCAUGUCGUUUUAUUUGCCAAUGUUCACUUUUUUCCACGCAAAUUAAUGUGGUUCCUCUUUAAUGCCAUUAUUUGAACUGCGGUAAUUAAUUUAUUCCCAUUGCCCUGUGUGACCGUUUUGGGAUCGAGCAUUCCACAAAGCGUGGCCUGAGCUCAGGCACAAAACCGAUACCGAUGUUGCUAAAGGCCAAUGUAUGUAAAUGAAACCGGCAAAACGAUGAGCGAUGAGAAGGAUGGUAAUGGAAUUCCAUCACCUUAUUUCACUCCAACGCGAACAUGAGCGAAACGUGUGCACGAAAUGAUAGAUGUAAAUUAAUUUAAGCUACAACAAUCCGUAUCAGAUUUUUAUUUUCACGGCAUAAUUUAUGUGCACACAGCGUGAGCCCGUGCAUUCCCCCGGUGCGUACCGUGAUUGCUCGCGCGUAUGAUUCAUUUGCGUACGUGCGCUACAUUAUUGCAACGUGCCAACGGUUGACAUUCGCCCAUCAGUGAUAAAUAGUGAACGAGGUAGUUUAAUCAGCUUUUCACUUUCCCUGCGAUUGGGAAGGUAAUUGUCGAAGCUUGUUUUAUUUGCGUGUAUUGCUCAGUACAAUUUCGAUUAUCGCUUAAGUCGUCGGCAAACGCAACGGUUGAUGCCGGUCCGUAUCCACAAUUUGGCGUUCGAGCAAAUCGAAACGUUAAGGUUGUGUUGUGAGAAGCGAUUUUCCUAGUAAUGUAAUGUAAUUAUGAAGACACAUUAUGUAAAAAUAAAAAUAAAAAACAGGUUAAUGCUAUUG